CAGUCCUAGAUGAUGAGGGACGUCCUGGAAGCCCUUCUGUUCCCCAUCGUUGCCGUCUUCUGGGCCCUACAGUGGCCCCUCUCUGAUGAGGGCUUCUCGCUUCUCUUCCUCUUGCUGCUGGUCUGGCAGGGCCGGAGGGGCCACGUGGCCUUGUGGGAGAAGAAAGACAACCUGAGAGACCAGAGCCCAGCCCAAACCCCUGCUCUUCAUGCUGCUUCCUUCCUGCAUCAGCAUCAUCUGAAGAAUCAACUGGAGGAUACAUCAGAUAAAGUUUGGACACUGGACCAAGAACGCACCGAGGAUCCAGAGGAGGUCCUGGGCCUCCUGAAAAGGCACGACACAGACACGGUCUGCGGCGAACUGGAUUGUACCAUCCGUCAGCACCUCAGUGAGGAAGCCCAAGGGGUGUCCUUGGAGGGUGGUGCCCCCUGUUCCGUGCUCCAACCACCCACUGAGAAGGUGACUCAGUCCGGAUUGCCUUGCUACCAAGACCCGGAGUCGGGAACUCACCAUUCCCAGGAGACCGCCUCACGGCCCAAUGACUGCAAGUUAGCCCAAUAUGUCUGUGGCACAGAGGACCCACCUCCCACUAGGGACGAAGGACCUCAAACUCCUCAGCUGGAGAAGACGCAUCAACAGGAGAACUUCCCGCCCUCUGCCCUCAGUAUGUCAGAGGACCCUAAAGAGGAAGCCCACAAAGACACAGAAAAAACACCUCUUGGGCAGCUACUAGAGCCUGUGGCCUCACUCGUGGGAACGGAGCCCUGCUGCCGGCCCUCACUCCUCUGCCCCAAGACUCGCAGCCUUCUGGAGGAGCAUUUAAAGUCCAUGCUCCACAUCCAGAAAUCGAGGACGCAAAACUGGGUCCUGGAAGCCCAGAGUCCGUUAGCGUCCCAGGCAGGAGAGCUGGAUGUCCAGCCUUCCGCUCUCUGGAGAAAAGGUUCAGCCCUGACUGAAGACUUCCUCAGGAUUAAUACUCCGAAGAGAGACAAGGAGGCCCCAAAAUGCCACCAGAUUAGCUUUGGAGAAAUCCCCUCUGUUGUGCCCGGUGGUCAGGGUGACACCCGCAUCUCAUCACCACGGGCUCCUCCGGCCCCGCAAGGCCCUUCGGCUCUCCCGGGCCCCGGAAGUUCCUCCACGGCAACAUCCUCAUCUCUGAAGCCAGGCCAGAGAUUCACCUCAACUCUGACACUGAGACUGAAGCCCAGACCACGAGAGGACGGACGACUCCUGGUCAAACUCUGGGGCCUGCCGGAGAGCUCAAUUAAGAGCCUGGAAUCUGUCUUGCAGAGGAAGUACGUGGAUUUCCUCUCUGGGUUUUGCCAGCUCUACGAUAUAGCCAUGUCCAUUGCGGUAUCUCCAGCGGCGGUUCCCUGGAUGCCAGCGAGCACAGAGGUCAAGCCCACGCUGGAUAGAGACUGUUCCGAACGCAGUGUGAUAGAUGAACUGAAGCAGGGGAAAUCAGAAGAGCCGAAACUCACCCCCAUUGCUGAAUGCCAAGAAACUCCACCGGGCAGUAGGUUGCGUCGCCACUCCAAAGUAACCCUCGACCGGAGCAGACUUCAGAGCCAACCUGCCUGGGCCUCGGGGCAAGAGAGCCAGGGGUUAGGCCAACAGGUUUCCCGACGGUCAAAGUCAUCACUCUGCCCCCGCAACACUACAAGCUCCUCGGGAACUUCCACCGUGAUCCAGAGCAGGAAGAAGGCCGCCAGACGAGGCCACGGCGGGGCUCCUUUCUCGGCCCUGGAAACCGCCGGCUCCUGUGGCCCUGGGGUUUCCAUCCCAGGCCCAGCUAGGGCUAACAAAGGCAGUCAGCCUCCACCGAAAGCCACGUUUUCUGAAAAACUGAAGACGUGGUUCAGCUCUCUUGGCCAACGCUGGCAGGAGAGAGUCGGCCCUGGAGCUCCAGUGAUAGUCACCUUAAGAGAACCGGGCAAGCUUAGGUCCGCAUCACCAGAGAACACCAAACUGCCCUUCUCCAAGGGUCUGACUCACCUACGGCACGGCUUCUCUGCCCCGAUGAGCCGCAGGCCUCGCCCCGCACAGCCCCAGAUAUCAUACUCCGACCAUAUCCCCAGGCCCCGACACAGAGCCCCCUAAAUUUGCAGAAACAUCAAGAUAAGAGGCACGGGGAAUCAGCUAGUUCUCAUUACAGCCCAGUCACCAAUUUCACUCACCAUCCCAGUCCUCUUUCAAAUAAAUUCCUCUUCCUUCCGGA